GGUGGGCGGGGCCUGGGCCGGGGUUGGGGCGAGUGACCCCAGUGCGGGAUUCGGGGCCCCGGGGCGCCCCCCACGCGCUCACGCUUCCUCUUUGCGCUCCUCCUUGGGGUGGAGCCGCAGGAAGCGGCCGGGUGCCUAGAAGAUCCUAGAGGGGACGGGAAAGGGGCCCGGAGACCUGAGGGCCGCGCCGGCCGCGCUCUGAGCGCCCGUGGAGCGCGCCCCCGGCAGCGAACGCCGUCUCACGCCGCCUGGUGCAGGAGCUAACACCCGGCUCGGCCCCAGCACCCAACCGGGGACUCAGAUCUGGGCUUCUCUUGGCCACGGCCGCCGGAGAUCUACUGGCAGGAUGUAGACAGGGUUAGAAUAAAAACAUCUCCGGAGAUGCAGCCCCAGAGCCCCCAAAUAAUUGUCAAGCAAUUGACAGAGGGCUGUUAAGUGGUAGUAAGAGGGAAGGAGGAGACCACCCUACGGCAUCCAGCACCCUCUCUCCCCCUCCGCUUCCUCGUCCCCGAGAAGGUCUGGCGGGGGCAGGGGGCUGGGGUAGAUCGUGAUGCCCCACAGGCUCCCCCUCCGCUUUCCUGGAGGGACGUUGGCUGAGAGGCAUCACCGAGUUCUUGGAAGGUGCCUUCUACCUCAGGGCGCUGCCUGUGCAGCUGUCUGGCUGUCCUGGCUGCAGUGUCUGUAAAGGUUUUUUUUGUUCGUGGAAUUGCUGGCUUUGUAGUCUGUGUAUAGACUAAGGCCUCGGUCAACAGUUCGGGUGUGUUUUAUAACCCUGCUUCCUAGACACAGGCUAGGGAGGCUUGGCAGGCAAGGAACUUAAAUUUGCAAACAUACCUCAGUGUUAUCAUCCUGAGUACUGCACAGACUGGUUUUGUAUCUUGUACCAGGAGUGUGUUUGCCUUUUUUUUUUUUUUUGCCAGCACAGAGUCUCCUUAGGGGUGGCACUGGAUAGCCCCUCAUUUCAGCUACUCACGGCGCACCUUUGUCUCAUUUUUCUAAAACAUGAUCUCUAGCCUGGUCUCAGCUCCAAGGCAAGAACAUAACCGUUAAGAACAAUAAAUACCCUAGGAAAUUCUACCACCAUUUGAGUGAUUAAUGAAACAGUUCUGUGUGAUGGGCAAGGGGGGGUCCCUAGGCUGCAGCCAGACUCCAGAGCUUUGCGCUACAUGAAGAGGCUCUAUAAGGCGUAUGCUACCAAGGAGGGGAUCCCUAAAUCCAACAGAAGUCACCUCUCCAACACUGUUCGGCUCUUCACCCCUUAUGUCCAGCACCACAAGCAGGCUUCUGUGGACCAGGUGACAGGAGCCGUGCCCUCCGUGGACCUGCGGUUUAACCUGGACCGAGUUACUGCUGUGGAGCACCUACUCAAGGCAGUCUUGCUGUAUCCUUUCAACAACCCGGUUUCUUUCCCCUCGGCUGCUAAAUGCGUGUGCCACGUGGUGCUCAAAGAGCCAGAGUCUAGUUCCAGCAAGACUCCCCCCAGAGCUCCACACUCCGUUACCUUUAAGUCACAGUUUGAAUUAAAAAAGAAAUACAAGUGGGUUGAGGUUGAUGUGACUGCCCUGCUUCAGCCUCUAGUGGCCUCUGACAAGAGAAGUGUGCGCGUGUCUGUGACUUUUACAUGCGUGAAAGACAAGCCGCAGCCCCCCUCAGCACAGGACAGUCCCGUUAGCCUGGUACGCCCCUCCCUGCUUUUGUACCUGAAUGACACAAGUGCUCAGGCUUAUCACAGGUGGUACUCCCUCCACUAUAAAAGGAGCCCUUCACAGGUUCCUGACCAGAGAGGCCUGUCUGCCUGUCCUGUAGGAGAAGAGGCUGCUAAGGGAGUAAGACCUUCCCGUCACCGUCACCGGAGAGGACAGGAAACGGUCAGCUCACAACUGAAGAAGCCCCUGGUUCCAGCUUCUUUAAAUCUGAGUGAAUACUUCAAACAGUUCCUUUUCCCCCAAAACGAGUGUGAGCUCCAUGACUUCAGACUUAGUUUUCGUCAGCUGAAGUGGGACAACUGGAUUGUGGCCCCGCACAGGUACAACCCCCGGUUCUGUAAAGGGGACUGUCCGAGGGCAGUCGGGCAUCGGUACGGCUCUCCAGUUCACACCAUGGUGCAGAACAUCAUCUAUGAGAAGCAGCUGGACUCCUCCGUGCCGAGACCAUCGUGUGUGCCUGCCCAAUACAGCCCUUUGAGUGUGCUGACCAUUGAGCCUGAUGGCUCAAUAGCUUACAAAGAAUAUGAAGAGAUGAUAGCCACUAAGUGCACCUGUCGUUAACAGAUGGUCCUCUAAACUAAAACCUUGGGUCUCUCUGGCCAAGUAAAUGCCCUGAGCCUACCUGUGCCGUCGUGUGUCAGAUCUCUAAAUUUAAUGCGGCGUGUCUUGUGUAAGGAGGAGUCUGUGUAGAUUAGCAUAGUCUGUGGUUUCUGUCGGUGCAAGGAAACAUCUGCCUUUUUUAUUUACAAAUGUAAAUGAGUGUACUUAUUUUGGUGGGCUUUCCAUUUUUUUUCCCCUAAGCAGUUUUUUUCUUUUCAUAAAUCUUGUUUUUGAUGUUAAAAACUUAAUGAGCAUUAAUCUUGAAUGGAAUUACAGCUCUAAGUAGACAAUUCAGAGUGUUGUCUUAUUUAAUGGAAGAAUAAAUUCCUGUCGGUGGCAUAA